AUGGACGCCGAUACUCUUGUCGUUGGGAAAAUAGCAACGGAGUCUCUUGUUUCUACGGAAGACAACCGUAGCGAAACAUCAACUUCUCUCAGUCAUUCGCGUGUUCGGUGGAACCCUCGGUUGGAAGUAAAGAAACAUGCUCGUGGCAAGGUGGAAUGGGUAAGCACCACAACAGGAGUAUAAAAUCCCAGACGACUCCAAUGGAUCUCCUGAGACCUUCAUCUGACAAGGCCGCCGGAAACAGAACACGGUUAACCCAGCACCGUCAAUUCAAAAACUUAUAAAUUCGUGCGGCCUAAACAUUCGAGUAGCUACCACUAAAAGACUUUACUCUUAAAGCAAAAAUAGACCCGUCUUAGUAACCUUCUACUCGCAGACCGAAGCUGAGAUUGUCCUACAAAACCCCGAACUGAACAGAAAUCUGCGGAACCUAAACUCAUUUAUGACCCAGACUUGCCACCCAUGCAAAGACGCAAACUUCAGGAAAAAGACACCAGUCACAAACCCUAUAAUCAGCUCCCCGGUCCUUCAGCUGAGCCUCUAGCUACUGCUUCUAUUUCUGGCGCAAAUAGAAAGGAACGCACAGACCAGCGUAAACAAAAUGAUAAAGCCGCAGCCCCCGUAGGAGGACCUCUAGCAAGUACUUCUGAUUCUAGUUCUCAGGACAUAAAACGCGCAAAUUCAAAAGCAGUUAGGACGGCUAGGCAAAAAGAAAUAAGGGAGGCAAAACAAAGUAACAACGUUCAACUAGAACAGAACGAUGACGCAGAUCCCGGACCCAGUCAUGUGACACCAUUAGAUAGCAAUAUAAGUUUUACAACGCCCCCCAAAACCGAUCAUCUAGUACUGGAAAAGGUCUGCUAAACAAGAUACACAAACCAAAAGGCCUUAUUAAGCACACCAGCACAAUCAAAACGUCGCAAGUGUGUAGACAUAACAAAUAGGAGUUCUCCAAAUUCUAACCAGAAACAAAUGAGCUUCUACAACUGUACCUCGACUCCCCAAAAUCCACCUGCAUGGCAUAGGAAUAAGCCAAACCACUCUAGCAUUCCAAGCUUCUUACCACCUUAUGACAUUUCCACAAAUUACUUUGGCUUUUACACCUCUCCAACUGAAUUUCCAUUUAGGUAUAAUUACCACCUAGUUAACCCACCUCCCCAUAUGUACACUCAAUCCAUACACACUAACCCAUGCACUCACACUUCGCCAUACGCAUCACCAUACCCUCCAACAACCGCACACUUAUCUCCAUUCCGUCCAUCACUCAAUCAAAGUACCCCCAGAAAUCCUUUUUUUCACCACACCCCACCUGUUCCAUAUCCAACAUCCUGAAGGUAGCUCUUAUAAAUUCGAGAUCGAUUGUCAACAAAAUAUCCCAACUUAGAACUUUUGUUGAAAUAUAUUACCGCGAUAUAAUUUGCAUUACAGAAACAUGGGCAAAUGAACUUAUAUCGAAUGCUUCACUAUAUGUCCCAAAUUAUAAUUUCUAUCGACAGGACCGUGUUAGUAAACGAGGCGGAGGUUGUCUUAUCUACAUCAUAACUAGCAUUGAAUAAAGUGGUAUUGAUGUCUCAACCGAAACCUUUGCUGGAGAAGCGUGUUUUGCCACAAUAAAAUCUCAUACCCACGGAAACAUACUAGUCGGAUGCAUCUACUCGCCUCCCGAAUUCAGUAGUGAUGACACAAGCCUCAACCACGUAAUAAACAAUAUAGCUAACAUUAAAACUGAAUAUAAGAUAAUCGUAGGUGACCUUAACCGACCAGAAAUAACCUGGGUCGAAUUAUCGACAACUACCAGGUACGAAGAAUUGUUAUCUUCAGUUCUUUUUAAUAACUGGACACAAAUAGUUGACAAACCCACCCGAGGAAACAAUAUACUAGACGUCAUUUUCACCAACGAUAUCUGGUCCCUCUCUAUGCACUACGACUGAGCAACCUUAGAAAGUGACCACAAAGCAGUAAUAUCCACACUCCCCUUAAGUGCAAAACUAGCACCCAAUUUUAGUAACACCCGCCUAAACCCAGAAAACUUGGCAAAGACUCCAUUAACAACUAUAUUAGGUCAGUAGACUGGAGCCCAUAUCUUUUAACAACAUCGCCUAUGGAAGCAGUUGACCUAUUAUACUCCGUCCUGUUUAUAAUUCGAGAUACUUUGAUAGACGAAAGACUCCCGCAUAAGAAAUCACUGAUCCCACACUUCCUUUCAACUUAACUAAAAAAAACUACAAAAACAGCUAUACAGCCCCUCAGUAAGUUAUUUAUCCACACUUCGACGAAUUGGGGAAAUUCACGAACUAAUUACCAAAAUAGAAACACAAAAUACCAUAGCAGCGGAACAUCCGGCUCUAGAAUCUCCCGAACGAACAGCUCAUAUGUUUCAGAAACUAAUGAGUAAUCAUCGACAGUCAGGACCACGAACUAUUAUUGAUGAAUCAGGACAAGUUAUAACAAAUGACAACCAAAUAGCAAACUCAUUCAACAGAUACUUCUCGGCUAACUACGCAGUCGAGGAGGGAGCGAUCCCCCAACCGACCGAGAUGAAAGAGAGCAUCCUUAGUGAGAUCCGUUUUAGCGAAGAAGUUGUUAUAGUAGCCAUCAAACAAAUAUCAAACGCCAACUCCUAUGGGACGGAUAAAGUCCCACCAUUUAUUCUGAAGCAUAUGACAUAUGCUCCAAUACUCCUAUCUAAGUUAUUCACCUUACUCCAGUCAAGUGCAAUUUUUCCGGACAUGUGGAAAUACUCCACCAUUGCACCUAUCUUUAAAAGCGGCAACCGAUCUCAUACCCAAAACUAUCGUGGUGUUCACCGAACACCGGCUAUAGCUAAAAUCCUCCAGAAAAUAGUCUACAACCAAUUGCUAGACUAUCUCAGAAACACCAACCUCAGUCCCCCUCUCAACACGCAUUUCUACCUAAAAAGUCAUGUCAGUCCUGCCACCUUACUAUUUUGGAAUUCGUUUCCAGUAAUAGAGAUGAUGGAAACACAGUAGCUUCAAUAUACAGUACCUGUGCUAACUCAUGAAAUGUCACGAAUUAACACAGGUUAACGCCUUUAACGCAAAAUCGGUAAACACUACGGCUCCCAAAGUCUGAUAGCGGAAAAUAAACGAUGUGCCAAAGAAAAAAAGCAAAGUUUGGUUAAGAAAAUAUUAUUUACUGAGAUAAAAAUAAAUAAUUUUCGACAAAAGUCACAUUUUCGAGAAACGCCUAUAUUACAACCAAGUUAAUAAAGGCUACGUAUGAGGACGUAUAAAAGGCCUUUGACAAAGACCCCCCAUAAAAGACUACUGAUAAAGCUAAAAAGUCAUGGCAUCAGGCCACCCCUUCUCGAUUUUCUUAAAUCCUAUCUUCAAAACCGAUAUCAAGUAGUGCAAAUUCGAAAAGUAGUCUCAGAACCAUCACCUAUUACCAGUGGAGUACUUCAGUAUAAUUCAGUAUAAUUCAGUAUAUAUGAGGGAUAGAGGCAGAGCCUUGGAAAACCCUAUUUACAGAUAGACGUAGAAAAAAACAUGCAGAUAUUUACAUAGCAGUUAUACCAGCCAUUGAUAUCAUGUAAAUGUUUGACCAUCAAGCAUAAGUUUAUCUAGUCUUCUUUUGAAGGUCUCGACGUUUUCCGCUAAGACAACGGAGUUCGGCAGUUUGUUCCAUCCCUCAACCAGCCGGUGAGAGAAGAAUUUGGCCCGCAAAUCGAGUCUGGCAUGUUUCAUCUUCAAUUUGUAUGCGUGCCCUCGGAGAUUUGUCGUCCGCGCCAGUUCGAAGAAGUCGUCAAACUGAAGAGCACAGUCUAGUCCUCGGACGAUCCUGAAGGUCAUGAUCAUGUCCCCUCUGUACUGUCUAUAAGAGAGAGGAAAUAUUUUUAGCUUCUCCAACCGUCUCUCAUAAGGUAAGGUACUUAAUCCGCCGACUAGCCUGGUCGCUCUACGUUGUACGUUCUCCAGUAGGGUGUAAUCUUUUUUCGUCCAGGGACACCAUGCCUGGACACAAUAUUCCAACAUUGGUCGAACGUAUGCGNGAAUCCAUGCUGAUGUAGACUGAGCAAGUUGUUUUCUUCGAGGUGCCGCAUCAGCUCCGUUUUUAUUACUCUUUCCAUCAACUUGCAACAGAUGCUAGUGAGACUCACUGGUCUGAAACUAUUUGGGGCUGUUCUCUCGCCACCUUUAUAAAUGGGGCUUAUAUUUGCUUUCUUCCAGUCGGUAGGCAAAGCCCCGGUCUCCAUCGAUGUUUUGAAGAUCUUGGAUAACGGAGAGGCCAGUUGGUCUGAGAGCUCAUUCAGAACUUUCGCGAACACGCCGUCCGGACCAGGGGAUUUAGUGGGCUGUAGUUGCCUCAAAGUUUUCCUUACCGUGUCUGUUGUGAAGUCCACCGUGCUAAUUGUACUGUUGGAUUUGACAUUUGGGGGGUAAACUCUUUCAUCAAAAGCCGGCUCCUCAGUGUACACAGACGUGAAGAAGUCGGAUAACAGAUUCGCCUUAUCUGAGUUGUCAGACAACGUAUUUCCCUGGCGAUCUUUUAGGCAGGGAAUGCAGUCCCGGUUGCGUUUUGCUUUAUUCACGUAUCCAAAGAAUUUUUUUGAAUUUUGCGGGAUAUUUUUUAAAAGUUUUGACUCAAAUUGUGCCCGUUGUCUCCUCAACAGAUUCCGACAUAAAUUCCUCUGUUUUUUGAAGUCAGCCAAAUGCUCUGGUUGUUGAAAACUUGCGUACUUUUUCCAAAGUCUCCUUUUCAAUUUAAGAUUCUUCUUUAUUCCUGACGUCACCCACUCUGGUCGGGAUGUGCGCGGAUUCCUCUUCAGUGGGCAACAGCUCUCUACUAAGUGCUGCAUUAUGUUCUUGAAGAAGAGCCAAUCGCUUUCUGGGUCAGGUCCUUGUGCUGCAUUCCAGUUCACCUUCUGUAACAGGUUUUUCAUUCGGGUAAAAUCCCCCUUCCAUACGUUUCUUUCCUCAGCAGCUCGAAGUUCGGGUACUGAAAAAUGACUAUACUCCCAAACCAGAACGCAGUGGUCACUUCGGCCAAGGGGCGGGUGCGAUUCCAAUCCGAGAAUGCAACUAUCAUCCCUGGUGAUUAUGAGGUCCAAACAACUGGACUGCUGUCCAUCCCUGAAUCGAGUGUUCACUUUAACGUGUUGGGUAAGGAACUCCGUUGUGAUCAGUUGCAUAAAUUUCUGUUCGAAGGAGUUUUCUGAUCGGGUGCAAUACAUCAAAUGCCAAUGUAUGUCUGGACAGUUAAAGCCACCAAGUAGCAUUAUGUGUUUGCUUCGACAAAUUUCUUUUAUCUCAGUGAUAAGUGCAUCGUCCGCAUCCGUUCGCUGGCUUGGCGGUCUGUAAACCAGGGCCAGAUGGAGGCUUGGAUGGUUUGACACCUUCAAGCAACAACUGAGUAUUUCACAGUCAAUGUGCCGAAAUGGGGAAGAUUCAACCCGGACGUAGUCGAUGCCAUCCCGUAUAAAUAUCGCAAUUCCCCCACCCCUUCGUUCGUUUCUGUCCAUUCGGAUAAUCUGGAAGCCAUCUAGCAUAACUUCCGCAUCUUCUAUCUGCGCAUUUAACCAUGUUUCUGUUAAAGCUAUCAAGUCGGGUUGGAAAUGGGCCACACUGAGUUUUAUUUCAUCUAAUUUGUUGAAUAAACUUUGCACAUUUGUGUACAUCAUUUUAAUGUUAUUCGGCUGUUUCGGUCUCUGGAAAUUGUUUGCUGGUGCUUUUGACUGAUAGUUAUUACUGCUUAUUUCACAUGGCGUACCAUGUCCAUUAGUCGAUUGUGAAUUAACUGCAGUUUGUCGGAAUCGAGCGCCGGUGCUGUUACCGUCAUCGUUACCGGAUGAUUCCACAGGAAGGAACGCUCUAUUUUUACAAUUUGAUUGUUGGCUAUUUUCAGAUUCAUUUCGCCCUCGUUCUGACGUUUUCUCAGUUCCGCUACCAGCAUCCUCAUUUUCAUUCGUUCGAUUGGGUGAUAGUCCGGCUGAAAAAACACUCCACGGUGGUUGUUUCGGAGCCUGGACUUUCGCGACAAGAUGAGAUUUGCUUGCUGUUCGUUUCCCAAUACGACUUUCAGUGGUCUCGGCCGCAGUUUGUCUGCGUUGUUUCUUACUAAGGGUCCCAAACGGAAGAUCUUUUGGAUUUCGACGACCACACCGGGUUCUUGCGUGUCAUUGAGUAGGUUUUGGAAUGUCUGCAGAUCGUGUUUCACCCUAUCGUUCGGGGCAUCACCAGGUGCUUCAGGAACUCCUUGCACUACCACACAACGAGAUCUGUCGGGGAAAAAACCGGUGCUUUUAUCCUGCCCCCUUUUGCUGGCGGUAGAUUGAGUCUCAGACUCUGGGACUGCCUUGGUGGCUUUAUCCAGAUCAGUUGCUAAGUUGCUCGCGUCCGUGAUAUAUACAGUAACGUCUUUAUUUGGCUGCCUCACCUGACUUUUUGCAUUAUAGCCUGAUAGACAUGUGAAGGACAAGCUGCUAGCCCUCUUUGUUGGCGUACGUAAGUCCAUACGAUUACAUUCUACAGGUUUUUUUGGGGUUGUUGAUCGUUGUUUUGUUUUGGUGCAGACGGACUCUGCAUGGUCCAGAUUUGUCAAAUUUAUGGAAAUGUGAGCGCCAGUUUCAUCUCUGUCUGUCAUUUUUUUAUUGCCGUCCAUUUCGGUUGAGUCCGAAGACUUGUCUAGUGACUUCGUGCGUUGUCUCUUGUUUCGCUGAACGCGACGACUAUGACCUUUUACCGGUUUCUUGAGGUUUAUGUGGUCCGGCUCAUUGGUGUUUUUCAUGUCCUUUGUGCCUUGCUCAGGGGGUUUAAUUUUAUUAUACUUAAGAAGUGACGCUAUUAUUUCAGUGAGGAGGUCGACGUCUACUUCUAGUUUCAAGGCACUAUCCUUCAAGGCACUAUACUUCUAGUUUCAAGGCACUAUCCUAGGCCUUCUUCUAUUUCUCAUAUAUAUUCACGACUUAUCGUCCAUAUCUGUCACAGCUAAGACGUUUUUAUGUGUGGACGACCUGAAAUUUGCACAUGCAUAUAACGGGAAUACAGUAGCCAAUAUUCACAGAACAAUUGAAACUGAUCUCAGAAAAUUCAGCGAAUGGAUUAGUCAAUGGCAGAUGCCCUUUUCACCCGAAAAAUGCCAUCUCCUGAUAUUUGGCCCAUAAAAACUUCCUCCCAUAAUAUCCGAGCAUAACGAAAUAACGGAGGUCCAAUCGGUUAAAGAUUUAGGUCUCAGCUAUACAAAUACCCUUGAUUUAUCUCCCCACGUCCAACAAAUAUUACCGAAAGCCACUCGCCUGUGCGGAUUCAUAUGCAAAAAUUUCACCCUGAAUGCACUAAGAAUAAAACUUUUCAAAAUGUACGUUUUACCUCUCUUCGAUUAUUGCUCAGUUUUCUUCGGUAUAAUGCCCUCAGACGGCAGAAAAAAACUAGAAGGCAUUCAGAGACGUUUUACUAAAUCUUCAUCCAGAAGUGAUGGCAUCCAGAGUUCAUACUUAGCACUAUAUCAUAAAUACGGUCUUCGACCACUCUGGAUCAGAAGACUCCAAAAUGGUCUAAACUUCCUAUUCAAGGUCACCAAUGACCAAGGUAUUCUCAAAAUGAAUUUUUUAACAAACCAAAACGCCCCCAGAAAUACUAGAAAUAACGAAGACAUUAUAAGGGUCCCCAAAUGCACAAAGUCCCAACGGUCAAAUUUCUACUCCAUAAGGUAUGCGACUACCUGGAACGCUCUUCCAAGUUCUAUCCGGAAAAGUCGAACCCUAAUCGAGUUUAAAAUAAAAACCAAGAAAUUCCUCUCAAAUAACAAUACAAAUUUGUUUUUGAAUAAGAUAGGACAUUUUUCAAGUCAAUUCUUUGAUAUGGAAUUUGGUCCAAAAGGGCUCUGAUGAUUCCAGCCGCAUGAAUAAUACCGGAACAUAGCACUAAAAAUAAUCAAAUUUAUAAAAGGUAGCAUCAUUGAUAAACAUAGAACAGAUAGUUAUAUUCUAUUUUUUUUCCUCUCUUUCUCGUUUCCAUCAGCUAUGUCACCUGACACUAAAUAUCCCUUAGGAAGCUAAUAAUAACAUUCCCUUCGAUAAAACCCUGCAUAUGAGUUGUACGUAAGUAUAUAUUAAGGGCAUAUUAAUCAUAUAUACAACUACAUUUGAUCAUAGGUAACAGUCGACCACUACACUUAUAAUGCCACAUUCACAAUAACAAUAUGAUAUAUGCUUCAAUAUUAUUUUGACACCUUUGAUUGUGACUUACCAUUGAAUGUUUCUUACUUAUGACAUGUAUUCAUCUAUUCCAGCUCUUAGUUCAGACAAUUAUGGCAAGCCUCCUGGAAAACACGAAGGAAAUGUGCGACCGCCCCUUUGCAGCUGGCCAGAUAGACUGACAACCACCAAUUAGAAAACACCCAAAUUUAACCAACUGGAAAAUAAUUUCAAGUGUAGCGGCCGAGGUCGUCAAGGGUAGCGCACAACUACGUAACGGAAUACCGAGGAAGAGAUCCUGGCUUGUGUUGAUCUGAAUGCGAUUGUUAGCAGUUCACGAUACUCAUCCAUUCAUAAAGGAAGAAGAAAUGAUCAGUGGACGGGAAGAUAUAAUGAACAGAAAAGGGAAUUGAAAAGAUGUAUAAUGACAGUUAAAAGUACAAACGGGAUGAGUUACAACAGUCGAGUGACCUGUCUGGGUGGAGAGGCGAGGCCAACAUGCCAGCUGGAAGAUCGGUGGGGAACGCAGCGCUGGGGGCAACUGCAGGGAAGGGCCGAGGGGGUUACCGAUGUAGCGAGGGAAGCGGUACGAGCGUUACGUCACGAUACGGAGCAGGGGAAGGGAUCGGCGGAGGAGAGCGGAAGGGACACCGGCUAUCUUCACCAACGUGCGGCUACGCCAUCUCCAUCCUAGGUCCGCGCGCCGAGAGUGUCACGGCCUUCAAACGACCCUGCCCAGAUCAGGGGACGUUACACAAGGUCAGGCCGAUAUCAAAGUUCUUCAAUUUCCAUGAAGGACUUAUUAUUCAUGCCACCAAAAACUACCAAACUGCACACUUCAAUCUUUAUAUUGUACAUAUCGUUCUUUUUUAAAACUUUUGUUAUUAUUUUGCCUUAGAACUCAGGUUUUUUUUAACUUCAAACAAACUCUCAUUUCGCUCUUUUUUGGCUAAGCACCCAAAACCAAUGAAGUCAAAGGGCAGCCGAAAGAGAAGAGUUUGUUUAGGUUUUUUUCCUGAGUUCAAAGGAGACUGGCAGUGCCCAAGGGGCGCUAUAAUAAACCUAUUCUAUUCUAUUUACCGUUAUCUUCCUUCCCGCCAUUCUUACAUUCGUAAAAUCGGUUGUCACUUUAUCACUCCCCAUCCCUUCGUUUUCUUACGAUCAGUUCUGACUCUGUUAGCACAGGUCCUCGUCCAAAUGGCUGGAUCUAACUCGAAAUGACGGUUUGUUUAUUUUUUUUAUUCUUAACUCAACUGAUAAAUAAUACUUCAAUGUCCCGUUAUUCAAACAGUUUGGGUACACUCCAUGCGGUGAUGACCCUUUAGAAACAACCGUACAAGUAAACCACUUCUCUUUCUAGUUUCCGGAGGGCAGGGAUGAACUGGACCACCCGUUGAAAUCCUGGUUGUUGGCCUCCAAAUGAGCAAGGAGUGACGAGCCGAAGGGUGCAACCAACAACAGGAAAUUCCACAGGUGGCCCAGCUCAUCCCAGUCUUUCAAUAGCAAAUGUGGCCGUCCAGGAGGUAAGAUAAACUCUAACCGCACACAAUAAUGUCUAACUUUAGAGAUCUGCGAGAACAGGUUUAUUCUGUACACAGGACAAGUUGCUGUGUCGGCUGUUCGCUUGUGUCAGAGGUAAACGUCCGUUCCCGGAGAGCGUCAGUCGCGGUGUGUCACAUGUCCUUGUCUGCAUGAGGGAUUGUCUAGCCGAGGGCUGAAUAUGUAAUUGGUUGGUUUAAGGUCUGUGUCGGGUGACGUGAUAACAAAUGCACACUGGUAAAAAAAACCAGACGAUCCGAUGCGCGUGGGACGGAAAAGUUCAUGUGCGCAGCCCUGACUCAUUACAGCUGAACCUGAGAUGCCCUAGCUCAGGGCUGGCGGUUGCCGUGCGUCAGGAGUGUGUCUGGAGGUUAACGCUUUUGUCGCAGUCAUUGACAGGCAAAGACACGUCGCGAAAGGGGAUACUGGAGAGGCUGCUACACAAAUAAUGGUAAGUAGUUCUUUGUACGGCUCUUUCUACAGGGUUAUCUACGCGAGAAGAGUACCGACCUUCUCUUCCUAAAAAGAGUCUUCUAUUACUAGACGACUGUGCUAAAAGAGAAGACCAACGAUCUUUUCAAAUUCCCAUGAUCCUGUCCGUCCUAGUCCGCUCCAGCACUUCGGACGGGGACAAAUGUUGUCAGGGGGCAACGGCUUAAUCGGCAUCCAGCCAAUCACAGCUUACAAGCAUAGUUAAAACGGACUGAAAGUAUCGGCUGCUCCUAGUCAAAGGAGUUUGCAAUUUGCAAACGAAAAUCAAAUGCCCUUUCUGCUUCUUGAUCUUUAACCCAAAGUGAACAUUUUGAUAGAUCUCGACCAAUCAGAAAGUGCAAAAAUGCUUAUUUAGGUCAGGAAACAUAGGGUAGCACCACUUAUCUGGUUUCUAGUAGACGACAAAAAGUCUAGGGUAAGCAUAUAGUUCUAUCAUAUUAUUGCAUCAAUUAGGUUGUGUCAUUUGGUUAAAACUUACGCUAAGGCCACUCUGACGGGUGGCGGGCAACCAGUUAUUUAUAAGGCAACGUCAACUUUUCAAAUUAACAUUGUGUUUCUGGCAGCAGAGCUUGACAUACACUUUUUACCAGCGGUUCCAAAAUCACGGUGACUGUCAACGGUUAAAAAUAAUCCGAAAUGAGCUUCGCCUCCAGGCCCAUGUUCCUAUUGGAGUGUUUGGUUGCAUGUCCCUUGAGUUCUAUUGGUCGGUGGGGCGUGCCGCUUCCAAAUAAACCGUGCAGACAUCUCUUGCCGGCGUUGUAUUGUAAUGGCAGUUGGCAUUCUCUUUUGUACGUUCCCAUCAUUUUUUAUGUUGUACUGUGCUGUCUUGUCUUCUGUUUCAUUUCUCCAAUUGUCAUCUAUCAUGCAGAAGAAGUGUCUGACUAUUUCUGAAUGACUCAAUUUACAGACAUUUUUAUGCCUAAGUAUCUUCCCUUCACUGCACUCCGUGGCUUAUGUGUUCUUUAUUAUUCAUCCCAUUUUUACCGUUCCUUCUGUGUAUUUAGACAAAUGCAUGACUAUCGUUAUUCGUCCCGUUCUGUGGUCUAAAGAAUCGCCAGGUCACUUCGAUGGCCUAGCUAGGGCUCCGUUCUUACACGAAAGCAUGAUUUUUCUCCAUCUUUGUCGUUGUGGCGCUGUAGCGGCCGAGGACGUCAAGGGUAGCGCACAACCACGUAACGGAAUACCGAGGAGGAGAUCCUGGCUUGUGUUGAUCUGAAUACGAUUGUUAGCAGUUCACGAUACUCAUCCAUGCAUAAAGGAAGAAGAAACGAUCGGCGGACGAGAAGAUAUAAUGAACAGAAAUGGGAAUUGCAAAGGAGUAUAAUGACAGUUAAAAGUACACGCGAGAUGAGUUACAACAGUCGAAUGACCUGUCUGGGUGGAGAGGCGAGGCCAACAUGCCAGCUGGACAACCGGUGGGGAGCGCAGCGCUGGGGGCAACUGCAGGGAAGGGCCGAGGGAGAUGCCGAUGUAGUGAGGUCAGCGGUACGAACGUUACGACACGAUACGGAGCGGGAGAGGGGAUCGGCGGAAGAGAGUGGAAGGGACACCGGCCAUCUUCACCAACAUGCGGCUACGCCAUCUCCAUCCUAGGUCCGCGCGCCAAAAGUGCCACGGCAUUCAAACAACCCUGUACAGAUCACGGGACGUUACAUAGCCUCCUCCUGAGAUGCAGCACUGUCCUCAGUGCUGCUGGAGUUGGAGCUCGGAAGGGGGGAGAGGUGUGCGCUCCUCUCCAUCCCACCGCUGCCACCAAUGUAGCGGCCGAAUAAGGAGGGGCUCCGGGAAACUCGGGAAGACCUGAGUUGGUAUGUGAUGGCUUGCGGUCUUUCGUAUGGGUAUCUAAAGAAAACUCCUCUAAAAGUCGUGUAACUCCAUCAUACACACUAGCAAAGGAAAGUGGUGGAGUGGACAUGAUAGCGACGAAUGAACUGAUACAAAAGUUUAUUAGUAAAACGUUAGAGACACGGUAGAAAAAUAAGUUUGAUGUGAUCUAUGACGUAAGGUAAAAAUAGCGGUACAGACUACUAAUCAACUAAGAGAGUACAACUUAAUCCUACAAUCUGAUAAAACGUGAAACACGGGAAAGGGUUAGUUAAUGGUGAAAUAAACGAGGCGGAAAACGAAUCGGCAGUUCAGGAAUACGGAAACGAUAAGGAAAAGGGGACUUAGCGGAGGGCGUGUCGACAGGCGUCAGCUCCGAUCCACGUGACCCAAAUUCUGAAAAGGGGGGGCGGGAAGUAAAAAAAGGUCCGUUUAAAACAAUCGGUCGUUACAGCGCCUUUGCAAUUGCUUGCACAUGAAGUCCGGUUCGGUGACUGCUGGAAAAAUAACCUACGUAUCGGAAACAGUUGUGUUGACUUUCGCCCAGUCGAUAUUUUUCGUAAUUUUGAAAGGUCUGCAUUCGGAGUGGUCUGAAGUACGGUAAAGUUUACAUGUCACGGCUCUCUUGCGUUUUUUAGCUGGUGGUAAAAAUAACGUCAAUCAACGGAAAUGUAGGCGACGCAUUCAGGCUUCCAUUCAAUGAAUUCACUAACAAUUAUGGCCCCUGAAAGGAAUACUUCGUGAUAUCAAACCUGUUUAUUUGGAAGGGUACUUGGUGGAGUUAUCAAUGCUGAUAAGUAGAUUCCUCCGUCAUUCACGAUCUUUAGCCCUUCUAAAUGAUAUGUUCUGUCUUCAUAAAUAUGAGAAAUGUCCUGCGGUGUAUUCUUGCCUACGCAAGGGAACAAAAAUAGGUUCCGCCGCCUAAAGCGGACACUGCGUCAAGGAACAUGGGUAGACGAAUGGAAAUCGUAGUAGGUAGCGACCUAAGACAGGAAAUGUUUAAUCCGGUUCUUCUGCGACGAGUUGGGCAUUGCCUCUUCCAUUCCUUCCAUAAAACUUUCACCACUUUCUGUUUUAGCUUACGCCCUCAGAGGGCUUUGCGCAUUUGUUGUAUCGGCCGGCGUUUGGUACGUGA